UAAACACUACCCCAUUUGCAUUAUCAUCCAGUCCUUUGAGAUAGAGAGAGAGAAAGGGAGGGGGAGAGAGAGAUGGCCUCACUAGAUCCUCCCAAUUCACCUCCAAAUCCAUCUUUCUCAAUAAGAGGAAGAACCCACACCACCAAAUUAUUGAGAAGCAUUUCCACCAAAGAAUCAUCUUUCUCUGAAACCCCAUGGACACCUCCUCGCUUGAGCUCACCUUCUCUCCCAAGUCCAUGUCUCCACAGCUCCCAACCAUCCUCUCCUCGCCUUUCCUUCACAACACUAACAACCCCUGCAGCCUCGAAGCAGCUUGAUGACCUUCACACCACCUACAGAUGCAUCUCUUCUGUCCUCAAAAAGGACGGCCAGAUCCUCUCCGUCGACGCCUCCAACGGCUUUGUUUACACCGGCUCGGAGAGCAACGUCGUCAGGGUUUGGAGGUUGCCGGAAUUCACCGAAUGCGAUCAACUCAAGACCCGGACAUGCAUGGUGGUUGCUCUAGAGGUGUCAAACGAUAGGGUUUAUGCAGCCUAUGCAGACUGCAAGAUUAGGGUUUGGCGCCGGACGUGGGAAGGAGUCAUGAAGCAUGUUCGGCUAUCGACCAUUCCGAGGACCGGAAGUUAUGUCCGGAACUACAUAUCCGGCAGGGACAAGAUGAUGAAGCAUUUGGGGCCCAUAUCAUCUCUGGCAAUCAAUGUAUCAGAUGACAUUUUGUACUCAGCUUCCCUUGAUAAAACAGUGAAAGUAUGGCGAAUUUCUGACCACAAAUGCAUCGAGACCAUCCAAGCCCAUCAGGCGCCCAUCAACGCCAUUGUGGUGGCCGACGACGGCGUACUCUUCAGUGCCUCCGACGACGCCACGGUCAGGGUUUGGCGUCGCAACUUCUGUAACGGAGACCGACCCCACUCGCUCACCGUGACCCUACCGGCGAAGAACUCACCCGUCAAAACCCUAACCCUAACCCAAGACAGUGGUGUCCUCUACGGUGGGUGCACGGAUGGGUACAUACAUUAUUGGCUAAAGGGUUGGUUUUCGGGGCAAUUGCAAUAUGGUGGUGCACUUCAGGGUCACACCCAUGCUGUGAUGUGCUUAGCCAGUGUGGCUAACUAUUUGGUCAGCGGCUCGGCUGACUCGACGGGUAGGGUCUGGGUUCGUGACCCAGAUGGUGCACACAUGUGCAUUGCGGUCUUACAAGGUCAUAGAGGGCCCAUUAGGUGCGUGACUGCCUUUUCUGGGCGCGUGACGGAUGAGAGUGAGGAUGGUUGUACGGUCUGCACCGGGAGUCUUGAUGGGGUGCUUAAGGUGUGGCGCGUGAGGCACACGAACAGUGCGGGUCGGAGCUCCACCCAAAAUGGUUCUGAAUAUUUUGAUCUGAAAUAGUUGUUUUUUCUUUUUGUGUUUUGUGUUGCAAGUGUACAGUGUAAUUAUUUUGUGGAUUGUGAUAGAUUUUUGCAGUUAAUUA